AUGGAGAUUGGUGAUGGGAGAGGUACUCGGUUCUGGGAGGAUGUCUGGCUGCAUGGUGGGCCCUUGAAAGAUACUUUCCCGAGACUCUUCUCAGUUUCAAACCAAAUAGGAUCCGUCAUAGGGGAUUGUGGGUUCUGGGACGGGUUAGAGUGGAGGUGGAACUUCCAAUGGAGGCGAGAGCUAUUCCAAUGGGAGUUGGACCUAGUGCAGCAACUGCAUGAAACACUAAGGCUGGUUAACCUUGUGUGUGACAGAGAGGAUAGAGUGGUAUGGAAGUUUGAUAAACAUGGUGUAUUUUCUACUAACUCCUUUGUGCAGGAAUUGCAGGUGGAAUUGCUACCGGAGGAUAUGGCGAGUUUCAACUUUACUAGGACAAUUUGGAAAGGUCUUGUGCCACCAAGAGUUGAACUGUUUAUCUGGUUUGUCUUGACUGGAAGGGUGAAUAUAAAGGAAAGGCUGAGUCGAUUGGGAGUAGUUAAUCAAGAGGAUGUGACCUGUGUGUUGUGUAAUAAAGGUGUUGAAUUUAGCCACCACUUGUUUCUUGCUUGUGAAUUUUCUUGGCAGCUUUGGUGUGCAUGGCUAUCCUUUGUUGGAAGGCAAUGGUCAUGCCCAGGGUCAAUGAAGGAACACUAUCAGAGUUGGACUGAGCUACCAACUAAAAAGCAGGAGCGCAAAAGGUGGAUGGUAUCCUUCUGUGCUAUUAUCUGGAAUAUCUGGCUUGAAAGAAAUAGGAGGAUCUUUCAGAAUGAUGGGAAAGGGGUUGAUGAAAUAAUUUACCUGGUCUUCAAGAACUUUAAGGAGUGGUUAGGUGUGGAUCCCUUCUGUUGUUGA